GUUUUUCUUACAUCUAUAAAUGUUUGGAAAUUUAGAAUUGUAGAGGGGCUCUAUAUUGGUACAUCUAUACACACAGAAAUUUCAGAAAAGUGAAUUUCAAACAGUAGCAAACCAAAUUUUCAAGUGUAUCAGUGUUUGGGCAACAAGAAAAUUAUUUGAUAUGCGGAACAUUGGCAACAAGAUAAUUUGAUUUCUUAGUGAUUACAGCUAAGGUAUGAAAGACAAUGGUUUCUUUGAAAAUAUAAACACAAAUGGCGUUGGUACUGAGGUUUGGAAACAUCGUAACAACAUCUUUUUGUCUUUCUAGCUACUUUGUCUUGCUUUCACCUUACAUUCUCGGAUAUUUCUAAAAAUUAGGAAAUAGUCUGCUACAGCUAGUUUAAUUGUUUUCAGUUUAGAGCACUAGGCCGAUAGUACUAUGGUGCUUGAGUUUGAGUAGAUGUUAUCAGAAUGCAGAUACAUAUAUGUAUGAAUUUUAAUAUGGACCCCCUUUAGCGUUUAUGUUUCAAGUUGACGAGAUGGGAAGGAUGUGUGGAGAAAGGUAGGAGAAAUGAUGGAGGAAGAAUACGUCUUAAACAAACUAAAAUCUGAAAGCAACUGAAAGUGUUUCUUUUCUUUUUGUUUUUUGUUUCUUGUUUUUGUUUUAUGUAUUCUGGCAUCAUCUUUUCCACCUUUCUUCCUCAUUUGUCUCACAUUUCUUUCCAAUGUUCUAUCCGUGUCCUUAAUUAAUAAGAACAUGAAAAGUAUAUAUUCAAUGUAAUCAUCAUUAUGUAAGUUUCCUAGCUUGUAUAAGUUGAGGCUGGAUGCUCAAAACAUUGAUCAUCAUCAAAUUAGUCAGCACUUGCCUCAUAAAGCAAGUAUCCAAGCAGUUGGUCUUAACUUCUCUGCAUCUUUGAUCUGAGUCUGAGUCUCUUUCUAUUCCUCAAGGCAUAUUGCCAUUGCCAUAUGUCUCUUGAACCUACCAUCUCUAGCUAUCAAUAUCUUCUUUCUUUUGUUAAUUUGCUGUCAUCUGUAAUCAAAGGUUAGAAAAUCUAGGCAAAAUUGUAUGCAGUAAUUGUAGAUUGCUUGGAACCUCUUUCAGAUGGCUCUGAGCGGCCAAAGAGCCUCAACAUCUGUUCCCUUAUCUUUUUCAUGGAAAUUUGAUGUGUUCUUGAGUUUCAGGGGGGAAACGCGCAAGACUUUUACAGAGCAUUUAUACAAUGCAUUGCAGAGGCGAGCAAUCAAAGUCUUCUGGGACCUUCAACUUGAGAAAGGCACAACUAUCUCUUCAGAGCUCAUGACUGCCAUUGAAGAAUCAAGGUAUGAAACCAAGUUUAUCAAAGAAAUUGUAGAAUCAUUGUAUAACAAACUGGUAUGUGCUGGGUGCAACAGCAGGAUUGACAAUGGCCUUAGUUGCUGGGAUUUGGCAUCAAAAAUGUCUUCUCUGCAAACAUUGCAAUCUUCCAUUUUCUGAUCUAGAGUUUUGGGAGUGUGGGUUCACCCUUACCACAAACGCUGCUAUGAGCUACAAUGUUAUGUUUGUAAGAGAUCUAACGAGGAAAUUCAGAUGGUCAAGUUGAGUAUAUGGAACAUCCAUACUGGCGACAAAGAUAUUGCCCCUCCCAAGAUGGCGAUGGGACUCUUAGGUGCUGUAGCUGUGAAAGAUUGAAGCCAAGGGACUCGACAUAUUAUGAGCUCAAUGAUGAUCUGAAGCUAUGUCCAGAUUGUAAAUAGUUAUCAAUUAUCAAUACUGAUAAUGGAUGCCAAUCCGUUUACCUUGAAGUACAAAAUUUUUUAAGAAAUUAAAUAUAAAAGUACAGAAGAUUCCUCAGCGGUUGGUCAGACAAGAAAUAAACUAGGCCAUGAAGGGAAAAAAAUGAUGGUCCUGAUCGCCACUUGCCAGUAAUAACAGCAGUCAGCUUGUUAGAAGAACAUACUAUUACCAACUGUAUUUUCUGGAGGCCAGGGAAGCUUCGCUGUAAAGUAAAAGAAACUAUCAUCUGGUAUGGCCUUCCUAGGAUGUUGACAGGGUCACUUCUAGCUCAACAGAUGAUAAGUGCAUGGCUAAGGCUUAAAGGUUAUCCCAACUUGUGCCCUGAGCUUGAAAAAGGAAUCUGCCAAUAUUUGGCACAUAGGUGGUUGGAGUAUUCUAAUUCUGAUUCAUCUAGAAAAUUAGCUGAGGUUGAGCAGAAGCUUUUCAUAUUUAGGAAAGUAAAAAUUGAGUCAGAUUGUGGAGAAGCAUUCUGACCGCAAAGGAAGCGGUGCACAAGCAUGGUCUACAUAUGACACUCAAAACAAUUUGAAUGACAGGAAAGUUUCCAUCUGUGAAGUACUGAUAAAUAGGUAUAUAGUUCUUAGUUCUUACCGUGUAAAUCCACGCAUUGUCCUUUUGUGCUCUUGUAUUUAUACUUUCUGGUAAGAAAUCUUGUGAUUUUCAUCUGGACAUGACCUUUUUUUUCAGUCUUGGUGAUGGUUGCUUAUGAUCUUCAUUUGAGUCUUGCAUUGUUGCUUCUGUUAUCUUCAUGAUGUUCUGGCAAUGAUUUGUCCCUAUUGUUCCUGCUUAUAUUGUUGUAAUUCUGUUUUGCUUGUAUCCUUCACUCUUUUUCUGUCUCUUCGAAUAAAUGGAUGGAUUAAAGUCUUUCUUCUAGAUAGAAACCGAGCAAUGGAAUGGAUGGGGGAUUUAUUUUCAGUUUUACUCGUUGGUCUAUAUCUGGAAAUGGAGGAACUUGAGUAUAUUUGAUUUUCCUUCUCCUUUCUUGCACUAAAUCAAUAAUUUAGCACUAUGCCUUGGAAAUGUUUGCUACUGCUUCAAUUAGUUCUAAGACUUGAAGAACUUAA